AGCCGUUUUGGCUCGGGCGGAUUUGGCCUACGGGUCUGGGGGCCAGGUGGCGCGUGAAGGGAAGACGCGACCGCCGCCGCCUCUGGCGGCGGCAUGGGCUCCGGAGCAUCCGUCAGCCGGGCUCGCGAGGCGUCGGCCGUCUGGCAGGAGGAGGCCCCCGCCGCCCGCGGGGCCCCCGCCGCCCGCGGGGCGCCGCCGCGCGGCGCGCCGCGUUCCCCCGGGCGGCACGGCGCGGGGCCCCGGCGCGGCAGCGGCCAGGAGAGCCUCGACGUGAGGGUGUGCGUGCGCCCCGGCGACGCCCUCGGCGCCGCCUUCGGCAUCACGCCGAAGGGUGCCCUCAUCUUCGCGAUCGACCAGCGGGGCCUCCUGAGCAGGUGGAACCGGGCGCGAGGGCAGCAGCUCCUGCGCCCCGGCGUCACCGUCGUGGAGGCCAACGGCGCCACCGGGUACUGGUCCAUCCUGGAGGAUCGGCUCCAGAAGCCUGGCCCCCUGGCCAUGAAGGUAAUCCACCGUUCCCCCGGGCAGUGCUGGCGCCAACUGGUUCCACGAGAUCCAGCAGGCGGGGAGGAGGAUGACCGCGCAGGCCAGCACAGGCAGAAAUUCGGUCCUGGUGCCGCUCCAGCCAGGGGGGGCCUGCACUGACAGCAGAGGUUUCUCGAGUCUCCCCACCAUGCUUGCUGGCGGCUGCGACAUCGACCAGUGCGCGAUCUGCAUUGGCGACGUCCACCCCGAGGAUCGGCUGGUGCAGCUUGUCUGCGGGCACUUCUUCCAUGCCCUUUGUGCAGCGCGAUGGCUGGCCGAGGGAGGCAAGGCGGGGCAGGACCACUGCAGCCGCUGUCCCCUGUGCGGUCGGCAGGUCGUGGGCACGUCUGGGCAGCAACUGGUUGCGUGAGACGCGAUCCGCACACGACAAUGGAUCCACAGAUGUUUUAUGAAUCCGUCUACGUCGUUGCGGGCGCUGGAGGCAGUCGCAGUCGAAGUCGCAGCGUGCUGGAGGCCGUCGCUGCAGACCCCGCAUCCGUUCCGAGUUCAGAGCGCUCAGCAGGCGUCCCCUGCCGGAUGGUGGCACUAAAACUCAAGCAGUGGUCUAUGUGUUUUCUUAUCCUUCUGGCACCUUUGUAUAAUUUGAAGCGCUCUGCGUGUUGCGUUCUGGCUUGCUUCUCCGCGCACCACAUGUGCGCGUGCAGUGAGUAAUGCACUGCGGUGAGUAAAUGUAAUGCACUGCGGAUUGUACAUGCUCCCCACGUUCGUCCAACAGCGCUCGCGCGUUAGGGGGUGCCCGCCUGUGCCCGUGGCUAGCCAGAACGGCGGUUUUCCACCCAGCCUCAUGGGGCUCUGACGGCGUUGUGGUGGCCGCAAAGGAACUCGUCCUCAUCGUCAUUACGCUCCAGAUUUUACCCGCAUCAGCAGCAGCUAUUUUACGAACUCGACCCUGGAGUAGAACCAUUAGGAUGCAACUCCUCGGAGGUUCAAUCCAGCACCGGCGCUGGUGUAUUCGUGGUCGAUACCCAGCCGAAUCAGGUAUAGUCCCGCCUCAUUCCUCUUGAGCCCGCUUUGUCUGGCGUGAUCCGGCGUAGUCCCUGGCUUAUCCAAUCUAGUCUGGCGUGAUGCCUCCUUGAUCGGGCUAAAAAGCUCGGCCGAGGAUAAGUCCGCUCCAGAGCGUUACGAAGCGUUCUCAGUGCUCCUGAACGCUCUGAGGAGGCCGCGGACCCGAUAGUCACAUCCUCCAGAGCCGUCAGUC